AUGUUGAAAGUGGCUUGCUCGCCGGUUGAGCGGCCCUGGGUCGAUAAUGAAGCACCAGAAGAUCCGGGUGCACCUGUCUACGGCGGUAAAAUCAAGCUCGCCUACAUUGGUGAAACGAACAGCUGGCUCCCUGGCAAAGGGAAUUUCGCAGCUGCAGGUCUUAAUGUUGCAGCGGCGAUCUACGACGCUUUCCUUAUGCGGGAUAGUGAAUGGCAGAUCAGGCCUUACCUGGCGCAGUCCAUAAUCCCGAACGAAGACCAUAGCGUUUGGCGGAUGACGUUGCGACCGAAUGUUAGAUUUCAUGAUGGCACCGCACUCGAUGCCGCAGCGGUAAAGUGGAAUUUUGACACUUUGCACAAAGCGCCUGGAACAGUGACUUUCGGUGCUGUCAGGGAUGUAGACUCCGUUGAAAUCAUCGACGCUCUGACCGUUGAUUAUCAUCUAACAAAAUCGAUUGUGGCGUUUCCAGACCUGCUUAUAGGGCCGGUGGGAUGGCCGUUUUCGCCUACCGCUGCAGCGCGAAUGGGAGAUGAUGCAGGUUCUUAUCCCGUGGGUACAGGUCCCUUUCGAUUUGUUCAGUGGCGUAGAGACGAUCGUAUCGAACUGCAGCGCAAUGAAGAUUACUGGCAAGCCGGACUGCCUUAUCUGGACGAGCUUGAAUUUCGGCCUUUGCCGGAUGAGGAAACGCGCCUAGCCAGCCUGAUCUCUCGAGACGUUGAUGCUAUCCAGACGAUGCGUCAGACCACGGUAGAUAGAAUACGUCAGACGGUUGGUAUCCAUCGUUAUGAAUUUGUAGGAAACAACGGCAGCGGAUCGAUAUUUAACGCCUUGCAACCUCCUGUGGAUGAUGUGCGUGUGAGGCGCGCGUUGGCUUAUGCUCUGCCUCAGGAUGCGGUGAUCGAAGUGCUUGGCGGCGCAGGUAUUACGCCAGCACAGAACCAGUAUUUUAAUCCGCCAAGCAUUUGGUUUUCACCACUGGUAGCGCAACGGUAUCCGCAGAGUAAUCAGGAUGAAGCGCGCCGGUUACGCAAUGCCUACGUGAACGAUAGAAAUCGCUCAGAUGGAAAAAGCCCGGGAGAUCCGGUGGCGAUUGAGUUCCUCUGUCUGCCUGAUCCCAGCCUCAUGGAAGUGGCGCAGGUGUAUCAAGCUUUCUGGCGAGCAGUGGGGUUUGAGGUGCGGCUCAGACAAGUCGAGCAGGCUUCUCACAUUGUGCGAGUCAGUCGUGACGAUUUUAUGAUUACCUGCUGGCGCUCGGGCGGUGAGGCUGAUCCCUACAUAACACUGUCUAACGCGUUUGGUCCACCAGCCGAGCAGCCACUUAAUUUCACAAACUUCACCCAUCCUGAAAUAGAUGCGGCAUUAGAAAUACUGCGUACAGAAACUCAAUUUGAUGCGCGAUACGCAGCUGUGGAACGUAUUAUGAUGGUGCUCGUUGAUGAGAUGCCGCAGCUGUGGAACGCAGCGAGUUCGUCCGUUAUUGCAGUGCGGCCCGAAGUGCGGAACGUCGCUGGAUGGCGUUUCCCCGACGGAAGCGCAGGCGCUUCAGCGGAAGCCAUUCUUGAAAUCAGGUCGGAAUUAGGCCUCGAUCGGCCGCUUUUAGUACGAUAUUUCGAUUGGCUGGGAAAUACCGUUACCGGAGACCUGGGAAGAUCCUACAUUACGCGUCAGCCUGUGUUGGAUGCCAUUCUCGAACGUCUGCCUGUAACGGCUCAGUUAGGCCUCAUGGCGAUGUUGAUUGCGCUUAUCGCGGCGCUGCCGCUGGCGAUGGUUUCUGCCUAUCACGUUGGCGGAUGGAUCGAUCGCGGUGUCACCAGUUUCACGUUUGGACUGCUCGCUGUUCCUGGUUUCAUGAUGGCGAUUCUGCUUAUUCUUGUGUUUGCUGACUUCAUUGUUCUGGCUCGUGCUAAAGGCGCUGAUGGAUUGGGCCGAGACAUUCUCGCUCGUCUGGUAUACGGGGCCAGGGUGUCUGCAGUUAUUUCGCUCACUGCGGUGAGUAUCGGCAUGGUGGUGGGUGGAACGCUGGGUAUGAUUGUCGGAUAUUUCCGCGGUCUAGCUGAACGCAUCGUGAUGGCUUGCGUUGAUGUCAUUCUCGGUUUUCCAGGUCUCGUGCUGCUGCUGGCGUUGGUGGCUUUUGUAGGUCAGAGCCUGUUGGCGAUAUCGUUAGUAAUCGGAUUUUUAUCCAUACCUGCAUAUGCUCGAGUUGCGCGAGCUAAUACUCUGGUGGUAGCGCAACGAGAAUUUGUAUUGGCUGCUAAGGCAAUGGGUGCCAGCACCUCUUGGAUUCUUGCUCGAGAGAUUUUGCCAAAUGUUAUCUUGCCAGUGCUUGCUUAUGGCUUGGUUGCAAUGGGAUUUGUAAUUGUCAUUGAAGGCGCAUUGGCUUUUCUUGGCUUGAGUGUCGAACCACCUCAACCAACCUGGGGCGGGAUGAUUUCGGAGGGUAAACGCUACCUCAACUCCCACGUGCAUGUUGCUCUGGUGCCGUCUGUUACGAUGUUUGUCCAUGCGGUGACAGAUUUCAGUUUCGAUGUCGCGCGCGGUGAGACCCUCGGUCUGGUUGGCGAAUCUGGUUGUGGCAAAUCCUCGGCAGGUCGCGCGAUUAUGCAGCUACCUCCUCCGGACAGCGGGCGCGUGAUGUUAAAUGAGACAGAUCUCACUGAUCUGGACAGCAUGUCACUCCGCAGCGAGCGCCGUCGUCUGCAGAUGAUUUUUCAGGAUCCUAUCUCGUCGCUUAAUCCGCGUCGGCGUGUGCGUGAUAUUGUUGGUGAGGGUUUGGCAAUUCGCGGUGUCGAAAGGACUGCACUUGCUGCACGCGUUGAUGAAGUGAUGGUCGCUGUUGGCCUGGAUCCCACUGUUGUUGGUGAUCGUUAUCCACACGAGUUCUCCGGCGGGCAAUGUCAACGGAUAUGUAUCGCCAGGUCUCUUGUUCUGCGACCUGACCUGGUGAUCUGCGAUGAGCCGGUUUCAGCCCUGGAUGUAUCUGUUCAGGCGCAGGUACUGAAUCUCCUGGAGGAUAUGAAAGCGCGAUAUCAGCUCACUCUGUUGUUCAUUGCUCAUGACCUUGCCGUGGUGAAAAAUGUCAGUGAUCGGGUUGCGGUGAUGUAUCUUGGUAGUUUGUGUGAACUGGGUGGCACGGAAGAUCUGUUUAGGUGUCCGAAAGCCGCUGCGGCGUGUGUAGAUCAAAAACCAGCACUGCGCGCUAUUGGUAACAAUUCCCACGCUCCGCUUGCCGGUAUCAGAGUUCUCGAUUUGGCUACCGAGCAUGCUGAACUGACUGGACGAUUGCUUGCCGACCUUGGCGCGCAGGUGAUUAAAGCUGAGCCUCCUGAAGGUGCAGCAUCACGCCGCAUGCCGCCGUUUGACGAACAACAGCCUUCUAAAUCACUUUACUGGGCUUAUGUUGGCGCGGGCAAAACCAGUAUUGUGCUGGACAUAACUUCUGUUGAAGGGCGACGCCGGUUUCUUGAACUGGUUGCUGGUGCCGAUGUUCUGAUUGAGUCAUUUCGACCUGGAUUUUUAGAGAGUCUGAAAUACGACUAUGCCACGUUAGCGGAGAACAAUUCCCGCCUGAUCCAGCUUUGUGUAAGCCCAUAUGGCCAGCACGGUCCCAAGGCACUAUGGCCUGCGACUGAUUUGAUCAUUGAAGCGGCUGGUGGGCGAAUUGCGCUGCAGGGUGACUCCGAUCGACCUCCUUUGCCCGUGGGCUAUCCCCAGGCCGCAUUUCAGGCUGGGGCUCAGGGUGCUGCGGAUAUAUUGAUUGCGCUUAAUGAGCGGGCGAUUUCAGGUUGUGGACAGCUGCUUGAUUUGUCUAUGCAGGAAGUUAUGUUCUGGACUCUAAUGGGCGCCCAAGGUGCGCCAGUGUGUGUGGCGUCUGACCCGCCGGGUAGUGGCGAUGAUCGUAGCACAGCGCAGUCUGGGUUCGCUGGGUUGGUUCCUGGAUUUCUCGCAUGCGCAGAUGGAAUAGUUGCUGUGGGUCUGGCGGCCAUAUCACCUGGCGUAAAAGGCAUGUUAAAGCUGGUGAUUGAAGAGGCCGCUGAAACUCAGCAAUUACACUCCGACUUGCUGGCAGUAGAUUGGGAUCGGUGGGUGGAAUUGUUGAAAGACGGCACUAUCUCACAGUCGUUGUUCCUGCAGGCCUUAGAUCUUCUUCAAAAGUUUGUUAAGGCUCGCUCUAAGGCAGAUCUAACUCGUUGGGCUCAGCUCAAAGAUGUGCGUUUAGGUCCUUGUUUUGAUGCGCAUGAUUUGCUCAGCGACGAACAUUUUGCCGCACGGGAGUUUUUCUGUGAAAUUGAUGGUUUGAUACAGCCGGGCCGCUGGGCGCAGCUGUCACGAACGCCUCUUUCACUUGCAUCGCCAGCGCCAGAGCUUGGUGCAGGCCCCUGGCCUGAUUGGUCUGAAACCACGCCGUAUUGCGCGCCGAAGACGCCUGUUGCCCAGCGACAGGGGCAUGCUUUUGCCGGCCUCAAGGUGGCUGAUUUCAGCUGGGUUGCCGCGGGGCCUACCAUUACCAAGGCGCUUGCAGAUCACGGAGCAACGGUUGUUAAAAUUGAAUCUUCGAAGCGUCCCGAUCUUGCGCGUACGUUACCGCCUUUUUGGCCCGGCGAAGCAGGCCUGGAGCGCAGUUACUGGAUGUCUCUGUACGGUACCUCAAAGUAUUCAUUGGCUUGUGAUCUGACGAGCCAGGCCGGUCGGCAACUUGCUCGCAGCGUUGUUGACUGGGCAGACGUGGUGGUUGAGAGUUUUUCCCCGGGCACCAUGAAACGCUUUGGUCUUGACUAUCAAAGUUUUGCUGAUUCCCGUCCUGAUCUGGUGAUGCUGUCAACUUCGCUGCUCGGUCAGACGGGUCCGCGCGCUGAGUUUGCAGGCUUUGGCCAACAGGGUGCGGGGUUUGCGGGCCUGCACGCAAUUACGGGCUGGCCGGACAGAAUCCCCAGCGGCGUGUAUGCACCCUAUACAGAUGUGAUUGCGCCGAAGUUUGGGAUCUCUGCAUUGGCGGCUGCACUUCUUGAACGCCGGCACUCGGGUCGUGGACAGUAUAUUGAUCUGUCCCAGGUUGAAUCCGCAGUGCAUUUUAUUGCCCCCGUCGUGCUCGACUAUGCGGCGAAUGGACAUAUUACAGGUCCUGCAGGUUGUGACAGUCUGCAGGCCUGUCCUCACGGCAUUUUCCCCGCUGCCGGAAAGGAACGUUACAUUGCCAUUGCGAUUGAAACCGCUCUCCAAUGGCGCGCGCUGUGCAGUCUGGUAUCUGUUGGAGAUUUAGCCCAACCGGCGUUUGAUGAUCUCCAGGCGCGGUUGCAGGUUGCGCCAGAGAUUAAUGCUGCUAUAGCGGCCUGGACGGUUCUGCACGAUCGUUAUGCCCUUGUCGAGCAGUUGAUUGGCGCCGGCAUUCCGGCAAGCGUGGUGCUGCGGCCUACUGAGGUUUAUAAAGAUCCGCAGAUUGAGGACCUAUAG